AUGGCGACCUUUGAGCCCUACACGCAAACUCACCCCUACCGACUGCCGGGAUUUGAUCCACUUACCCAGCAGUUUAACUUAAGUUAUCCCGAUGGCAGCCCACUGCCCAUUUCAGUUCCCGAUGUGGACACCUUCAUUCAAUACAAUAUCCGCAUCUGCAUCAAUUACGGAACUCAAUUCGGCGCGUCGAUCGUGUUGUGGGUGAUAUUGCUGCUCCUCACCCGGCGCGAGAAACGAGCAUCGUCAGUCUUCCUCUUCAAUGCCGCGGCCCUACUUUUCAAUAUCAUUCGGCUUUUGCUGCAACUCGUUCACUUCACUACCGACUUUGAGAAGUUCUAUCAGUACUUCUCGCUAGAUUAUUCCUCCGUGCCACGCAGUGCCUAUGCCAUUUCUAUCACCGGCAGCGUCUUUGAAUCGCUGGUGGUAGCCUGUAUCGAAGCAUCGCUGGUCGUUCAAGUGCAUGUGGUGUGUACUACCAUCCGCCGUCGAUAUCGCUGGCCUCUGCUCGCUUUGUCUUGUGCCGUGGCCUUGGCUACCAUUGCUUUCCGUCUGGCCUGGAUGGCCGAGAACUGCAUCGCGAUCAUCCAGGUUUCCUACAUGAACACCAUUUGGUGGCUCGAGAGCGCCUGCAAUAUCGUCAUCACCAUCAGCGUCUGCUUCUUCUGCGCAGUCUUCGUCACCAAGCUUGGGUUUGCCCUUCGCCAACGCCGCCGUCUGGGGGUACGGGACUUUGGCCCGAUGAAGAUCAUUUUUGUGUGUGGCUGUCAGACUCUGACCAUUCCGGCCAUCUUCUCCAUCACCCAGUACUUUGUCAUCUUUCCCGAGCUCUCCUCCAAUCUCAUCACCUUGGUCGCCAUCUCGCUUCCCCUGUCGUCCAUCUGGGCCGGCGCCAGUCUGGACCAGGGUCCCCAUCAUGAUACGCAGCCCUUGCACCGCCGGAAUCUGUGGCGUGGCCUCGCGUUUGGCAUCAACGGUACCACGUUCCAUGACUCGGCCACUGCAAAGAAGAUGACCGCCACAGAGAUGACCAGUAGCACUGCGGCUCAAACCCUUUGUUACUCAGAUCAACCUCUCAGUAUGCUGAGCAAGUCGUCGCGGGACUCUCUGGAUCCUCAUGGCAUUUGCGUCGAGCACGACAUUUCGGUUCAAAGUGAGCAGCGAAAACGUUCUCUGGUCUGA